AAAGAACAUGAUCAUGAACAAACCUGGGGUUUAAGAUGGUGAUGCUGAUGUGGAUUACAGUGGUGCUUUUUAGUCAGACUGAUUCUUUACAAAUAAACGCUGUCUAUCAGCCGAACACCUUGAUCACUGCUGCUUCGGGUGAUAAUGUGACUCUACAGUGCUUUCGAACGAAUGAAGGAAACACAGAUGCUAUCAUUUGGUACAAACAAGCACCAGGACAAGAGCCUUGUGUAAUGGUCACAGUUCACAAAUUAGUACAAAAUCACGUUUUUGAAGAUGAGUUUAAAUCGCCAAGGUUUACUGUUGAGAAUUUAAAAGGAAGCUGCAAUUUAAAAAUUUCUAACGUGGAACCAUCGGACGAAGCCGUGUAUUACUGUGGAUUAAAAAUUAUUACAAUAGUGUUUGGAAAAGGAACAUUUUUAGCAGUGAAAGAUGACGGAGAUGUAAAAGUGUCAGUGUGGCAACACGGCAUGUCGGACUCGGUUCCUGCAGGAGCCUCAGUGACUCUGCAGUGCUCGGUUCUCUCUGAGAGCAGAGCAGCAGAACUCCAGGUGCUCUGGUUCAGAGCUGCUGCACCACAAUCCCAUCCUCAAAUCAUUUACACUCAUCACAACAGCAGCCAUCAGUGUGAGAGCGGCUCUUCUACACACACCUGUGUGUACAACUUCACCAAGAACAUCCUCAGCCUCAAUGAUACUGGAACUUACUACUGCGCUGUGGCCCUGUGUGGGAAGAUCGUAAUUGGAAAUGGGACACCAGUACAGCUGGAGAACUUUUCAGAAUAUGUAAGAACUUUGAGUCCUGCGGUGAUCUACCUCACAGUAGCUGUGGCUGUGUGUGUGGUUGUGAUCUUCACUCAAGCUUUCAUAAUCUAUAAAAUAAGAAAUUCUGACCAAUCCACAGUGAGACAUCAACAAAAUUCAAUGGUAGAGAAGACACCCAAUCAGGGACACGGUGCAGUGGAGCUGAAUUACUCCAAAAUAGUUCCAAAGAAGAAUUCCGAAAGAGUGACAAGGAAGAGAGACCAAGCUGCAAACUGUGUUUAUUCUGAAGUGUUGUGUACAACUUAGAGUACUAUUAAUGUCUGUCACACAUCUUUAGUCCAGUUUCUCAUGUUUAUUACUAAAGCAGUGUUAAAGCUUUGCUUGUAAUCAGAUGUGUUUCUAUGAAACAGUACAUGUGAUGUGAAAAAAAUGAGUUAAAAAUGAGUUAAAAAUGAGUUAAAAAUGAGUUUGCUCUGGGUAAUCAGUAAGAAAACAUUUAAGUGUAAGUUCACUGUUCACUGGUUCUUUCCCUAGGUUAUUUUAUGAA